AUGAGUAGCAAAGUAUUGUACUUUAGAGGAACACCAUUAACAACAUUGUGGAAUCCAAAAAUCCAACACAAGUUGUUACAGUUUCGAAGGUUGUCUUCAAAAACGAUAAAUUGUUGUUCUCUUCAACCUCCAAAUGUUUCUCAUUUGGCAAAAACUGCUCAUAUCUCUCUUACCCCAACUGAGGUUGAAGAAUUUGGUCCUAAAAUUCAGCAGGUGAUAGGAUGGUUUGGACAGUUGCAGGGUGUUGAUCUGCAAAGCAUUGAGCCCUCCAUAAGAGCAGAUACUGAAAACAAUUUGCGUGACAAUACUCCUGAAGCAUUUGAUCAACGGGAUGCCAUCAUCGCUUCUGUUCCAAGCUAUGAGGAGCCUUACAUUAAAGUUCCAAAGGUCCUAAAUGUGGACUAAAGUUGCUUAGAUGAGUUAUUUUGCUAAAAAGAAAUUAUGAAGACUACUAUACUACCGUCUUGUACUCUGAACUUCUUGAUUCUUUUUAUAUGAACCAGCUCUUAUUCUGAA